AUGACCGACAACCCGGCGGAUCCUCCGCUCAACGAUCAACCACCACCGAACGACCCGGCUGCAGCCGUCGAAGAUCUCCUCCUCAACAACAACGACAUUGAGAUGAUCGACGUCUCGCCUAAACAAGAAGCAGAAAUCCUAGGAGACGACGCCACCGAAACCAGCACCGAGGAGACACAGGAAUCCACGGGAAAUCCAUCAUCAGUGAGUCUGGUACAUGGGGAAGAAAACAGUUUUCGAACGGAUCGUAGCUCCGAAAUGAAUCCCGCAACCCCAGUCGCAAACGAAACCAACUCUGCUCUUGAGAAAAAUACCAGUCUUCCUGAGGAUCGCAGCUCCGAGUUGAAUUCUGUCACCCCCUUUUAA